UCUUGUCACGUUAAACAUUGACAUAACUGAAGUUAAAGGUUGUGGUAAUACAUAUCGAAAGAAGAAAGAUCGGAGAAACGGAAAAUGCUGAUAAAAUAUAUUUUUCUCUCCUUAAUACCCAUCGUUUCCAUGGCUCCAAAACCUAUGAAACAGGUAUUCAUGAAAUUAGAUCCUGCGAGAUUUCCAGAUCUUAAUAAUAUAUUUAUGGAUUGCACUGCUAAAACUGGAAUUGAUUUAGAUAACGUGCAAAGAAUAAUUAAUUGGAACUUUAAAAACGAUGAGAUCGUUAAGAAAUAUUUGUACUGCCUCACAAAGAAUUCUGGUUACGGUGACGACAAUGGUCACUUUGUAAAGGAAAAAAUGCUUCAGAUAGUCGGUAAUCAUCCAAGUAGAAGCGAUCUCGCCAACACCAUAGAUGAAUGUAAUAAGGAAAUGGGAAGUAACAAUUAUGACACUGUAUAUAAAACUGUGAUCUGUUUCCGCAACAAGUCCCCAAUACUAUUUAAAACAUAAUUUUUAUUUGAAUAAGGAAAUGAUAUAGAAUAGAGAAACAACGAAUAAAUAUGUUUAGUAAGUAAUCUAUUUUGAAAUAACAUUGUAUUAAGAGGUGAAGAGUAUUCAUUAUUUUUUAUAAUUAACAUGAUUUUGACAAAAAGAAAAUUACAAUAACAUAAAAUCUAAUUUUUAUUUAACCGCUUAUUAUCUAUUCCAAAUAAUUUAAAUAAAUAUUUCAACAAAUAA